AAUGGCGGGUGAAGUUGAAACUGAUUUGGUUAUGCAGUCUCACAUAAAUCUAGACAAGUUACGAGGGUUUGUUAGGAUGUAUAUAGACAAGCAUCAAUACAAGAGUGCAUUGUUCUGGGCAGAUAAAGUUGUUACUCUUUCUAAUGGGGAAACACCAGACGUGUAUUGGCUCUCACAGUGCCUGUAUCUGACAGGGCAGUACCAUCGAGCCACACAUUGCAUCGAGACACGGAAACUACACCAGACAAACGCAGCAUGCAGGUUCCUAGCCGCUAAGUGCCACUAUGAAGCAAAAGAAUAUCACGAGGCUAUAGAGAUACUGUACUGGCCUGAAAACAACAGCACCAAGACUCCAGAGAAAGGGCUGGAUGCGAGUGUAACUACUGCGAAUGCAUCUACAGACGUUCUUCUUACAAAUGUGGAGAGCAACGUUAGUUUAUUGAAGGGGAAGAUCUACGAGGCGAUGGACAACCGUGCGCUUGCAGUUGAGUGCUUCACGGCGGCUCUCAAGCAAGAUGUCUACUGCUACGAGGCUUUCGAGUUGCUCGUGCAGCACCACAUGAUGUCCGCGGAGGAAGAAAGGAAGCUUCUGGAGUCACUCCCUUUCUCAUCACAAUGCCCUGAAGAGGAAAUGGAACUCUUGCGAUUCAUGUAUGAAGUCAAACUUAAAAAGUACGAUAAGCCCCUAUCUCUGGUUGUGCCAGCCACACUGGGCGCCCUUGGAGACAACGUGGAUGUUGUUGUCAACCUAGCCGAGCGUCAUUACUACAACUGCGAAUUUAAGGACUGCUUCAACAUCACGUCGGCAGUGCUGAACAAAGAUCCAUUUCACAGUGACUGCCUUCCUGUCCACAUCGCUUGUCUAGUAGAACUUAAGAAACCCAAUGAUUUGUUCUAUCUUGCACAUAAGCUAGUUGAUCUCUACCCAGAUAAACCGGUGGCGUGGUUCGCAGUCGGCUGCUAUUACCUGUUGGUGAAGAAGAAUGAUGCAGCAAGGCGAUACCUUAGCAAGGCUACAACCCUGGACAGGGUCUAUGGCCCAGCAUGGCUUGCAUACGGACACUCCUUUGCUGUGGAAAAUGAGCACGAUCAAGCGAUGGCUGCGUAUUUCAAGGCAUCGCAGCUCAUGAAAGGGUGUCACCUGCCACUGCUAUACAUCGGCCUGGAGUAUGGACUUACCAACAAUGCUAAGCUUGCUGACCGAUUCUUCAGCCAAGCUCUGGCCAUUGCACCGAGCGAUCCAUUUGUCUUGCACGAGAUGGGAGUGAUUGCUUUCCAGAAUCACUACUGGGAGACAGCAGAGAAGUAUUUCAGUGAAGCCCUCAGCAGUAUAGAGGCCGGGCAGCAGUGUGUGUCUGUGGAGAAAUGGGAACCAUUACUGAAUAACCUUGGCCACGUCUGCAGGAAGCUAAAGAAGUACGAAGAGGCGCUGGAUCACCACCGCAGAGCUCUGAUUCUCUCCCCUCAGAAUCCAUCGACGUACUCGGCGAUGGGUUACGUUCACAGCUUACUAGGCAACGCUGCCAUGGCCGUAUACUACUUCCACAAGGCGCUAGGUCUGAGGAGAGAUGACACGUUCAGUACGAACAUGCUGGAGAAGUGCAUGCAGCAGCUACUGAACGAACUCAACCCGUGUGAAGACGUGCCGGACGACCUGCCGAUCCCGAUCAACCGCAGCGGCGUCGAGGAGAUCAUCACGGAGACGGUGGAUGACAGCGAGCUGGCCGGCAGCCACGAGCAGCAGCCGAAUCUCUCCUCCUUCCUCGCCAACACCAGCGACAGCGUCCUCGUAGAGGAGGUCUCCAUGGACCUCGAGGGAAGCAGCUGAGACCUCGAGUACGUCUUACUGAACGAAGUUUCGCGUAACUGAAGAAGCUGAGAACCGACACGUCAUUGAGGAGAUCUCCAUGGACCUCGAGGGAAGCAGUUGUGACAUGGCGCGCCAUAGAAGAGCUCUCCAUGAACCUCGAGGGAAGAAGCUGAGACGACAACCCGCCAUAGAGGAAGUCGCAGGCUCGAGACGCGGCGGCGCGCCGCACGAUCAUUCGUUGUAAAUUAUUGGGCAGAUGAUAGUGUUUUUAUCGUUGGAAGAAGACGUUCGGACACGCGAAAGACACUCGAGGGUGAAUUUUCUGUGAGGCGUCGAAGUGUUGUAUGCAACAAUGCGUGUGUGAUGUGGAAUAAUAGGUUACCUAGAGUGUUACAGAAACUGUAAUGACAAUUAACCUAAUUCUCAUCCCCCGAUGGCUGACAUUGUUUGUAUGAGGUCUACAUCGUUACCAGGUACUAAUUUUCUGUACUUGAAGAGCUAUGAAUUCUUUUUGCGAAAACAACAACCGUUUUGAGCCAUAUUUCGUGAAUAUGAGACUGUAAAUAAAAUAUAUAAUUUGUUAGAAGAAUUCA